AUGGUCGGCGUCCGUCUUUUUCCCGAGUUUGCGGGACGAGUAGUGAAUUAUUUUGGAUCUUUCUUUUUAGUUUUUAGAUCCUUUUUCAUGGCUGCCGUAUAAAGCGGUUGAAUGCGCAGUUCAAUCCAAACAUGAGUGAUUAUUCUUCUAUGGCUACGCUUCAAAACAAUAGCCAGACGGCGGCAUUAGCAGCGGCUAUACAACGUGCUAGAUUGGUGGCUGCAAAGAUCGAGGGAGCAGGGGGUAAGAGACCAUUGGAAGACGGAUCGGAACCAAGUGCUAAAAAACUAGCGUCAGUAGACACAGGAUACCAACAACAGCAACAACAACAACAAUCAUCAAUGAGUGCAGCAGCAGCAGCAGCGGCGGCGGCGCAGGCGGCCGCAGCGCGCAUCGGCGGUGGAGGCCCCGGUGGCCCGGGAGGCCCAGGGCUGGGUCAGGGAGGCCCUCCCCCCGGCCAGGGUGGUGGACCCCCAAACAUGAACAUGACCGACCAACUCAAUGAGUACAUCAGGGUGCCUGAUAAAAUGGUUGGCUUAAUAAUUGGACGUGGAGGAGAGCAGAUAACUCGGCUGCAAGCAGAGUCUGGCUGCAAGAUACAGAUGGCCCCGGACCUGGGCGGCCAGCAGGACCGAGUGUGCACACUGACGGGGUCCCGGGAAGCCAUUGGCCGAGCCAGGGAGCUAGUAAAUCAGAUUGUGAACCACAGAGGGCGCGAGAACGCGUCGCACUCGCAGGACGGUAGCCCCCCGCCCCCUAUGGGCGGCGGGGGCGGCCGCGGCCAGGGCGGCGGCGGCGGCGGCGGGCUCGGGGGGGCUUCGCAGGAGGAAAUAAUGCUUCCGGGGCCGAAAGUCGGUUUGAUUAUAGGCAAGAGCGGCAAGACCAUCAAACAGCUGCAGGAGCAGUCUGGAGCCAAGAUGGUGGUCAUACAGGACGGGCCCAACACGGAAUACGAGAAACCGCUCCGCAUAUCAGGCGACCCGGACAAGGUGGCGCACGCCAAGCAGCUGGUGUUUGAACUGUUGGCCGAGAAGGACAUGAGCAUGGGCGGCGGCGGCGGCGCGCGCGCCUACGACGAACCCUACCAGCAGGACCAGGGCGCUCCCGGGAACUCCACCGAGGUGCUAGUGCCCAAGGUAGCAGUAGGCGUGGUGAUCGGGCGCGGCGGCGACAUGAUCAAGAAGAUCCAGGCGGAGACGGGGUGCCGCGUGCAGUUCCACCAGGAACGAGACGACGGGCCCGGCGACAAGCGGUGUUACUUAAAUGGCAAACCUCACCAAGUGGAACAGGCGAGGCAGAUGAUCGACGAUUUAAUAGCAAGUGUAAAUCAGAGGCGGGAGCAGGAGGUGCGCGGGGGCGGGCGCGGGCGCGGGGGGCAGCGCAACGGCGACCGCGAGUACCCCGGCGGCGGCGCGCAGUGGCAGGACCAGCCCGAGACGAGGGUCACCUUCACGGUUAAUAACCUCAAGUGCGGGCUGAUUAUUGGGAGAGGAGGCGAAGUGAUAAAGCAGAUCAACGCGCAAUCGGGCGCGCACUGCGAGCUGGACCGGCGCGCGCAGACGGCGGACCGCAACAACCGCACGUUCUUCAUCAAGGGCCACCCCGACUCGGUGGAGCACUGCAAGCGGAUCAUUAUGGAGAAAGUUGGCGGGCCAGUGAACUUCAUCAACGAGAGCGGUAACGGAAACGGCGGCGGCGGCGGCAACGGAAACGGAAACGGCGGCGGAGACUUCUACGGAGGUGGCGGCGGCGGCGGCGGCGGUGGUCCGCCCGCCUGGGGGUACAACCCUCAUUGGCACCCGGCCAAUGCCAACCAACAGCAACCCGCGGCACAACCGCAAGUGCAGAUCAACCCGGCGACGGGCCAGCCGGACUACUCGCAGCAGUGGAUCGACUACUACCGCUCGCUGGGGCUCGUGCGCGAGGCCGAGGCCAUCGAGCAGCAGGCUAAGCAGCAGCAGCAAGGUCUGCGCGCACCUUCGGAAGAGUUUGAUAGUGGCGGCGCGAGCACCCCCGCGCCCGCGCCGGCCCCGCAGCACGCGGCCGCGGCCAGCAACGGCGCGCAGGCCGACUACAGCGCGCAGUGGGCCGACUACUACCGCAGCAUCGGCAAGCUCAAGGAGGCCGAGGCCAUUGAGCAGCAGAUUAAGAUGAAGCAGCAGUCAUCGCAGCCACCCUCAACACCCCAACCGGCCCAACCGGCGCCAUCCAACAACCCCACACCGCCCAUGAUGCCGGGCGGCCAGUACCCGUACGGCAUGGCGUACCCGGGCGCGGCCGUGCCCUACGCCGGCUACAACCCGUACCAGCAGUACGGGGCCGCCGCGCCGCCCGCCGGCCCGCCCGACCACCACCAGCAGUAGAUAAGCCGCGGGACGCGCCCCGAGCCGACAUAACGACUUCUUCAUUGUAGAUGAUAAUAUUUUAACAUAAGCCACCACUGAUAAUGCCCUAGCGACUCCGAAGCUUGCCCUCGAUGCCGCGGGCCGGUCCAUCCGUUUUAGAUUCAGCGUCUGUACACUCGACGACAUAGCAGUAUUAACCCGGCAAAUUUGAAACUAAGCUUCCGUGUUUUUUUUAAACCUUUUAAAUGCUCUAAUCAUGUCGAACAAAAGCACUAGUUUCUCAUUUACCGGACGGUGCACUAAUCGGAAACCUUCACUCGAUAUUUAAACGCCUCUAUGAUAAAACGUUUAGCUGUAGAAUUUACUGACUCAUAUUUACAUGUUUGAAAUGUUUCUAAUGAUUUUAUUGGCCGUGUGGUUUAUUGUAUUGUGUCGCUUGUCUUAUGUCACUGGAACAAACUUUAUUCUAUUGUUAAUCAUAGUUGUGCUGUGCCAAUAUUGAUGAUUGACAUGUCAGUCUGUCCAGGUUAAGUGUAGAAGGCCACACUGCCUAAAUCCGAUGUAAGAGAGAGUAAGAGCCGCGGAGCCGAAGCUAGAGAGAGAUAGACACCGCCCGCUACAGGAGUCGAGGUAAAUGUCAUUGUAUUGAGUGAAUUUUACAAUAUUGCACUUGAAUUUUGUGUCUGACAUUUUGCGUAUAGGUACACGCAGUGGAGUGCCAAGUGUCAGCUUACAAUUCUAAAGUAAUUAAUCUUCCAAUUCGUAGUGUAGUGAAAUGUCGAAAUUCGUAAUCUCCAAUCAAAUGCGCGGACGAGAAUUCAAUCUGACACUUUGCUUAUUAAACGUUAGAUUUAAGUAAAAAUGUUCGAUACCACUUUAGGUCCUCUCUUGAUAGCUGUAAUGGUCGUUUCAGUACGGUUUAGAAAUUGUACUUUUAAAAUUAGCUUUCAUAAUUUUGGUGUUAGUGUAACUUGCGAAUCGAAAAGGUAAUGUGUGAGUAAAUACAUUCCUUGAGAAAAAUUUGAAAAAUUGUUCAUAUACUUACUUACGCGGGGGCUACCUGUUCGCUUCACCGGGUCUCGUACCCGAGUCAUUGUAUUAAUUUUUAAGAUAUAAAGUGUAUGUUCAUUGAA